UGCGGAUAAACAGCACACCCCGCCCUCUCCUUUUCUUCUCCUAUCUCUAUUCCUCCCCAAAAUAUCUAUCUUCUCUCUUGUGCACGUUUUAGCCCUCGAUUUGUUUUCUUUCUCUCCUUCUUAAUCUCUUUCCUUCUCCAUCUUCUCCUCCCAUAGAGCUUGUCUUCUUCUUAGCACAGAAGGAAGAGGGUGAAAAGAGACAUGAAACUUGACCACCGCUAUCAUCACCACCACGUCCCUUGUUUGCAUUGCCACCCAUAUAGCUAUAUUAGAAUGGUCCAGCACUUGAUUGAGAGGUGCCUACUCCUCCACAUGACUCAAGAUGAUUGCAUCAAGGCUCUAGCAGAGCGUGCAGGCAUCCUGCCCAUUGUCACCCUUACAGUGUGGAAAGAACUGCUGAAAGAGAACAGAGGUUUCUUCCAAGCUUACUUCCAGUACGCCACCCCAAGGCCUUUCACUUAUAAAUCUCGGCAGAGCGUGUCAAAAUUUGACAGGAGGAAAAAUUGGAGGGGGGCAAGGCAAGACUGAUCCAAUGCUUGCUUCUCUAGGAGUCAAGACAAUGUUUGGAAGCAGUGAUCCAUUUUAUCCUACGUGUGCUCGCAUGUAUACAAGUUUAUAUGUGGAUUGUGUUGGAAGUCAUGCUCUAAAAACAUGUAAGUUUCCUAAAUAAUUGUAACAUAUGACAAGAUAAGGUUACAGAAGUAUGACUCGGUUCAUGCUUUAUUUGUUAAGCCUGA